AUGCCGUCUCGCAAGAAAGGUGUUAAAACUCAUUCCAUGUUCACCGAACAACACUCAUCAGUCCUCGAGCUGCUCAAGACGUCCGGCCUGAAAAUGAGCUUCCAUCCCGUUGAUACCGACAAAGGAACGAUCUGUGCAAAGGAAACCAACGUCGUGGGCGAGUUCAUAUGCAACAACAAACCCUGCAAAUCUAAGGGCUGGGCCAGUGGAGUGGUCGCCACUGUUAUUCGCCUGUACCCGGACAACCGAUACAACGCCCGUGUAUACCAUCAAAGAUGCAAGAAGUGCAACACCCUCAGUCGCCCCAAGCUCGAUGAGAGCUACGCUGAGCGCGUCGCUUACCGUCUCAAGAAGUGGAAUGACAUCGACGUCGAGGAACCUGUUUACAACAAGGAGAGCAAGGAGCCUCAUAAGACGCAGCUCUGCGAAGGGUGCAAGGCUGGGCACUGCCGGCAGUCCAACAUGAACAGCCGCUUUUACUCCAAGCGUACUCAGAGGAAAUGA